UUCAUCCCGGCCAAGGACACCAUGAAAGUGAUUCUGGUUUUGUGUGGCGUCGCGCUUGCCGCGAGCCUCUCCGCCGCCGCCCCGCAGCCCCUCGUUGACGAUCCGGAGGUGGAGUUGCCAUCGUUCAUGGAAAUCUGUUACCGCGAUGGCCCUGAACUCGGCGAGUGCAUCAAGAACACGAUCCAGCGUAUGUUGCCGGAAAUGCAGGUUGGAAUCGAAUCGCUAGGCUUCCCGUCGCUGGACCCGUUCGUGUCCAAGAGCACUUACAUCGACUACAAGCGCAAUCAGAUGUCCGCCUCGAUGCACGUUAAGAACGCCAAGACGUUCGGCAUGAGCAAGGCCCAGAUUAUGGACGUCCAUGCGUCGGCCACGGAUAAGACGCUCAACCUGGAGGUGGACGUCCGCUUCCCACAGAUCCUCAUCGAGGGUUUCUUCAAGGGCGAAGGCCGCUUCAACAGCAUUAAGCUGGCAUCGAAGGGUUACUUCAACAACAGCAUGACUGAUGUCACCACCACCUGGAAGAUGGCCGGCAAGGUCACGGAGCGCAACGGCGAGGAGUACCUGCAGAUCGACAGCUUCGACAUGAGCCCGGAGGUUGGCGACAUGAAGAUUUACGCUACCGGCCUGUUCCCCGAUCCCGAACUCAACCAGAUUGCGCUGGAAUUUGUCAACCAGUACUGGCCAAUGAUGUACAAGGAACUGCUCCCGGCCAGCCGGCAGGUGUGGGAACCGGUGAUGAUUGAGGUGGUCAACAAGAUUUUCCUGCGUGUUCCCUACCGACGACUUCUGCCGAAGCAGGAGUAAGCGACUGAUGGCAAACCGUCGUUGGGUUGUGAUAUUGUCCCAAGAAAAGUGGGAAAACC